UGCUCCCUUCACCAACUAGCUAGAUUGUGUCAGCUUGUCAUCCCACACCAUGCAACACUCGUGCAAAUCUUCCUUCGUCCACCUCAGCUUCUCGGUUUUCGUCUUCCUCAAUUAUCUAACAAUCAUAACCAGCAAUCCCUUCUCUCCACAUUACUUCGCCAUCCCUAAUUUGGCGCUUAAUUGCGGUUCUUCUGCCAUAUCAACUGAUCCAGAUGGCAGGGAGUGGACUGGAGAUAUUGGCUCACAUUUCUUUUCCUCGCAACAAUCUAAGGUUAGCUCAGUAGUCUCAAAUUUCAUCUCCCAAGAGCCAUCUUUCGAUCGUAUCCCUUACACUACUGCUCGGAUCUUUGUUUCUCAAUUCACUUACAAGUUUCGUAUCAGUCCGGGCCCAAAAUUCAUACGCCUCCACUUCCGUCCAGCUAAAUACCAAAGUUUGGGAAGGUCUAAGGACUACUUCAGUGUUACUGCUGGUCCUUUUACCCUCCUUAGGAAUUUCAGCGCUUCCCUAACUGCAGAUUUGCUAGGCUCAAAGUUUUUGGUCAAAGAGUUCUGCGUAAACUUGGAAAAGCAUAGGAGCCUGAAAAUAACCUUUACUCCGUCUAAAGAUGCCUCACAUGAUGCGUAUGGGUUUAUAAAUGGGAUUGAGAUCGUCUCGAUGCCCAAAGGCUUUUAUUACACUCGUUUUGGAAAUAAAGGUGCCGGCCCCCCUAGAUCUGAUUUUCUUGUAAAAAAGAACACAGGUCUUGAGAUGGUUCACCGACUAAACAUGGGCCGGAGUUCCAUUCGAGCAAUGAAGGGCUCCGCCAUGAUGUUCCGGAAAUGGUCUGAGGAUACCAAAUUCCUCGUGCAUUCAGGUGUGAAUCCUAUAUAUAACAGAGCAAUUCAUAUCAAAUACACGAGCGCACCCUCUUUCACAGCACCCCGGGAGACUGCCCGGUCUGCAAGAAUGCUCAAAGUUUCAUUACCCCCUCCUGACGCCAGGUUAAUCAACUCUGUCGCCAGUCUUGCUGGACCCCAGCCUAAAGUUUCAUUACCCCCUCCUGUCCCAAACCCCACAACCUACUCCAAGCGCACAAAGACAUUAUUGCUCCUUCUCUUUUUUGGAGUUGGCCUGGGUGUCGCAACCGUUUUCUUUCUCUUGGGCUUAACAAUAUUCUUGCAGAGGAAGAAACUAAAGACCAACAAUAUCCAAACAUCAACAUCUCUUGAAGGAUUGUGCCGUCGCUUCACAGUGGAGGAGAUUCGUGCUGCUACAAACAACUUUGAAAGGAAUCGUAUCAUUGGAAGAGGAGGUUGUGGCCACGUGUUCAAAGGCUACAUCGAUGGCGGACGCACCCCGGUUGCCAUCAAGAUCUUCGGGCCAGCUUCGAGGCAAGGGGACCAUGAGUUUCGAACCGAGAUUGAAAUGCUAUCAAAGCUCCGUCACCCCCACCUGGUCUCUUUGAUCGGUUACUGCGACGACGAACGGUUCAUGAUCAUUGUGUAUGACUUCAUGGCUCAUAAAACGCUCCGCCAUCAUCUUUACAACACGGAUGAUCCUCCAUUGUCUUGGAAGCAGAGGCUGGAGAUUUGCAUCGGUACUGCUCGAGGGCUAACGUACCUCCACGAAGGUGCGGAACCCCCGAUCAUCCACCGCGACGUCAAGACCAGCAAUAUUCUUUUGGACGAGGACUGGGUGGCCAAGGUUUCGGACUUUGGGCUUUCCAGGUUGGGCCCAACAAGCUUGUCCCAAAGCCAUGUCACCACGCAGGUGAGGGGCACGUUCGGGUAUUUGGACCCGGACUAUUUCUUGACCUGUCAUCUGACGGUGAAGUCCGAUGUUUACGGGUUUGGGGUGGUGUUAUUCGAGGUGUUGUGUGCCAGGCCAGCGGUGGAUAAUGGGCUAGACGACGAGCGACACAGUCUGGCCCAAUGGGCCAGGCGUUGUUUCGAAGAGGGUACCGUUGAUCAGAUCAUUGAUAGCCGUCUGGUGGGUGUGAUUGCCCCAGAGUGCUUGCAGGUGUAUACAAACAUAGCGUAUAGAUGUUUGUGUGAGGAAAAAAACCAACGGCCAACGAUGGCCGAAGUGUUGAGGGCCCUUGAGGUUGCAAGAGAAUUGCAGGAGAUUUCCGAUGGUGGGGGCGGGGCUGAGAGGAUUAUGAUAGACGAGGAAGUUCCACUGUGCGGGAGAGGAAAUCUGGUGGCAUCUGAAACAGGGAACCAUGGUGAUCUGGUGCAUUCGUGUCCAACGUUACGGAAGAAAAGUGCAUCUCGAAAGGAGCUGCUUAGGUAUUUCAGUGACAAGGCGGGGCUUAAGUGGGUGAAACGAACAAACCCACGUUGUGUCAAGGCAUCUUGUCUGGUGAGUCCACAGUAUGCUGCCUUGCCAAGUGUCCAAGUGCAAUUACCUGAUUUGACUUGCUGCGGGCCACAUACGACACCGGGGAAGAUUUUUAUUGAGAUCACCAACAUUGCCGGACAAUAAUUGUUCAUUCCCAAACCAGAAAAAACAAAGAGAGAGACAGAGAGCAAUUGGGUUUAGUUUAAGAACGUAGUAUAAUUAUAAUAUUGUGAGCAAUUAUGUUAAAUGGUUGACGAAGACUCAUCACGGAAAUGGAAAUGUUGAUGUCCUAACUUUAUAGAAACGGUGGGUGGGGUUGUUAUUAAA